AUGGAACCUCCUAAUGGUUUUUGGUCUUCAUUAUGGAGCACGUUGUGCUUUCUCCCAUACUUCAUCAGCCUUUGCAUUCUAGGCACCAUUAAAGGUGUUAUUAUCUGUCCCAUAAUAUGCUUAAUAAUGACAAUUGCAAACUCAACUAUCAUACUUGGUCUUUGGUGCAUACAUAUUAUUUGGACAUAUUACUGUGUUCUAAGAUGUAAACAAUUUGGACCACUAUUGAAAUUUGUGAUGUGCACAAUUCUACUACCAGUGAUUUUGAUUAUAUGGCCAAUUGUUGGAAUUUUUGGAAGUAUUAUAGGUGGUGUUGCCUAUGGAUUUCUUUCACCAUUGUUUGCUACUUUUGAAGCUAUUGAAGGAGAAGACAACAAAAUUUUCCACUGUUUUAUCGAUGGAACAUUGAGCUGUAUUUUGAAAACUUUUGAUAUUGUGAAGGAUGUAAGAGAUGCAUGCUUCCAUACUUAUUUCUCCAUCAUGGAUGAUCUGAGACAAGAUGAACCACCAAAUGGAAAAUAUUAUGAGAUCAGGCCAGAUUAUCUACUAGAUGCUAUUGUAGCUGCGAUUCUUGGAAUCAUAGUUGAUGUUCCAAUUAUAUCGUUGGUUGCGUUAUGUAAAGUUCCAUACAUGCUUUUCAAAGGCUGGAACCGGUUGUUUCGCGACCUCGUUGGUCGCGAAGGACCUUUCUUGGAGACAAUAUGUAUGCCUUUUGCAGGGCUUGCUAUCCUUCUAUGGCCGCUGGCUGUUGUUGGCGCGUUACUGAUAUCCGUGAUAGCAAGCAUCUUUCUCGGCGCUCGCGCUGGAAUCAUUGUCUAUCAGGAAUCCUCUUUUUUGUUUGGGCUUCGAUAUAUUGUUGCAACCUUGUCGCUUUACGAUGAAUAUAGUAAUGAUGUUCUUGACAUGUCGGAAGGAUCUUGCUUCCCAAGGCCUAAAUAUCGACGAAAAAAGAUCGAAAUAUCACAGACACCUUCACGAUCAAAUUCCAUCUCAAGAACUAAGUCCUUAACAAAGACUAUUUCAUGUACAAUUACUCUUACUAAUAACAUAGCCGAGUUGAAACCAUUUGAGUUAUUGGAUGGCUUGUGCAAGGAAUGUCAUAAAGUAGGAGAAACAUUGGUUUCUCAGGGACUAAUAACACAUGAUGACAUACAAGAAGCCAUGGUUGGGAAAGAGAGUAAAGUCAUUAGUAUUGGUUUGCCAGCUUAUUGUCUUCUUCAAGCACUUUUGCGUUCUAUAAAAGCCGAUUCUCACGGUAUAUUGAUAACUGAUGAUACUGAACUAACUACGACAAAUAGACCAAAGGAGAAGUUUUUUGAAUGGUUCCUUAAUCCACUUUUGAUCAUUAAAGAUCAAAUCAAAGCCGAAAAUCUUUCGGUUUCGGAAGAGGACUACCUAUGCAAAUUAGUUCUUUUCAAUGGUGAUUCUGUAAGGAUAAAAAAUUUAACUUUUGGUCCUCCUCCUGAAUCCGAACACAAACUCGCCGAACUCGAUGCAUUGGCUAGAAGGCUUCGAGGUAUCACAAAAUUUAUUACAAGAUUUCCAACAUACAAAAGGCGAUUCGAUAUUCUCGUGAACACAUUAUCUGAAGAGCUUGCUGAUAAACAUGGAACUUCAACAAUAAUGAGAUCAAAAAGUGCUUUUCCUAAGAUUUUUAGUUUGAAAUCAUUCAAAGUUAGCAAAAGUAAUAUUUCUGAUCUAAAAUCUGAAGAUUCAGAAACUUCGUUAUAA